ACUGACAGAUAGGUACGGAUGGACACAAAAAUCCACUAUUUUUUAAAAAUAAAUUCUAAAAUGAAUGUUCAAAAUGAAGUAGGCCGUUUCUUUAGCGAUGUCAACAUUAAAUUUGUCAGUGUUUGUCAGUGAAAACGAUUGGUAGACGAGGUUUGGUCUUCUUAAAACAUAAUAAGGCACUUUUCCUUUUCUACUUUUGUAAUUGGCCGCCAGUUUCCCGCGCCUGUAAAGUUCCUACACGUCGAUAAGCCGACGGAGCAUCGACCGCCGUUUGCUGGUAAGGGAGUGGUAGCGGGCAGAACCAAUACGUACCGUGUUCUUGUGUAGUGCGUCGCGACCAUUGGUCUACAAUUUGUCGACCAAUCAUUGGGAAAGUGCACACUAAAAUAUCCAAUAACGUUAUUAAUUUGUUCACAUGGAAAGUCAAUUAGCCACCACUGCAGAUGGCCAGGUGGUCACGCUGCCCAUUCAAGGAGUGGGCCCCGGCCAAGUCCAGAUGAUGCAAGUCAAUGCGGGACAGGUCAUUCAAGGGGCCAACGGACAGCAAAUCAUGGUACAUGCAGUACCAUCUAGUGGCCAAAUUCAAGUUGGUGGAGCACAGGGAUUGCAACAAAUUCAAGUUGUGCCUGUGAGCAGUCUACAAACGGGACAGGUACUCGUUCAGCCACAGCAGCAACCUCAAUUGGUGCAGACGUCUGAUGGCCAAACCUUCAUCUAUCACCCAAUGGCGAUUGAAGGCAGUAGUUUACAGCAAGCGACACCUACAGUUUUGAACAUAAACGGAAAUCUAGUACAAAUAGCGGGCACGGCGCAACAGGCCACGACGAACGGCAUGGCUCAAACGACAGUGACGUCUCCUACAUCACAGGUGGUCCCUCAGACUUUGACGACCGCCUCACCCAACCAACUGGCUAUGGCUAACGGAAAUUUAGUCAUGGUGAGAAACGCCACGGAUAUGGUGCCUAGUACAAGCGGUCAACAAUUCCAGAGGGUACAAAUACCUGGUACGGAAUUCCUAGAAGAAGAACCCCUGUAUGUCAACGCUAAACAAUACAGGAGGAUAUUAAAAAGGCGACAGGCGCGAGCGAAACUCGAAGCUGAGGGGAAGAUACCCAAAGAACGGCCGAAAUACCUGCAUGAAUCUCGUCACAGGCACGCCAUGAACAGGAUAAGGGGAGAAGGUGGUCGUUUUCACUCAGGAUCGGUCAAAAAACGAAGGGAGGAAAUGGCGAGACAUCACCAGCAACAGCAACAACAGCAGCAGCAACAACAGCAGCAGCAGCAACAACAGCAACAACAACAACAACAGCAGCAGCAUCAGCAGCAUACGCAGCAGCAGCAACAACAUCAACAACACCAACAGCAACAAACGCAUCACGAAGUUCAGGGUACCAUUGGCGUGUCUUAUGGUAACAUUGACAUGGGGGCGCCUAUUAUUAUAGAGGGUGUGAUGUCUGAUAUGAUAAAACCGGACCCGCUGUCUAUAGAAGGAAAUUAGUAUCUGUAUAAAUCAAAUUAAAUAAUUUUAUUUAUUUUUUUCUCUCUUUAUAAUGUUGGACAUUUUUUUUUGUAUAUAGCUUUAUAGAUUUGUUUUUGUCGUAACUUGGAUUUCUCGUACAUUUACUUCUCGUUCCAUCGCAUGUUUGCCAUUAUUUAUUGUUAAUUAUUUUUUAAAACUAAAUUAGGUCACAUUGAACGUAUCUAUUUUGUAUGUCCAGAGGUAGUAGAGAGUAUUCGCUUAUUAAUUUAUAUGCGGCGGGAAAUAUUGGAAAUUGCAGUGAAUGUACGGAAACUCAUUAUGUCAUGGAUGAUAUUUUGUUUUUUAUAUAAUGUUUCGUGAUUAGGAGUUAAGCCACUUCCUUUUUGUACAAUUGUUAAUACAUUUUGACUGAUCGAUUUAUAAUUAGUUGUAUUUUGAAUACGUAUUGAGUUGUAAUAUAAACGAUUUUUUAUUAA